AUGAGACGCCUGCGUACUGCCAACAACAUACUCCGCAGCAACGCGGCCAGCGGCGCGCCGCUGAGUCGCAGGGCUGCUUCGUCCUUAAUCCCAAAUCGGACACCAUUGUUGAACCAGCCCACGCCCACCUCCUACUCCAUUGCCGUCGCCAGCAACACACUAUGGAGCCAACCGCUAGCCCGGCCGUUCUCCCACACGGCGCCAUGCCAGAAGAAGAAAAACAGCAACAAGAAAAACAACAACAGCAACUACAGCGACGACAGCGAUAGCACCGGCCAAACCACCCCCUCAGCGGGGUCGGCGGGGGCCGACGCGGAAGGCCCCAAUCCCUUCGACUUCGCCGACCUCCAAACGGCCUUCGACCGGGCGGAAAAGCACUUCAGCGAGGACCUCAAGAAGCUGCGCAGCGGCGGGCGCUUCAACGCGGAAGUGAUCGGGGCGAUCCCCGUGCAGACGGACAAGAAGAACCCGCAGACCUUCCCCCUGCGCGAACUCGCGACCGUCGCCCCGCUCGGCGGACGGCGGUGGUCGAUCCUCGCCUUUGAGGAAGGGUCCGUGAAGGCCAUCGUCAGCGCGGUGCAGCGGUCGGACGAGUUUAACCAGCAGCCGCAGCGCAGCGCCGAGAACCCGCUGGAGCUGACCAUGACGGUGGAGCCCGAGCGCGCCGACGCACUGGCCCGCCGCGCCAAGGAGGUGUGCCAGGCGUGGCGGGUGCGCGUGCGCGACGAGGCCCAUCGCCGGGCCGAGCUGCAUAAGAAGUGGCGCGGGGAGGGCGUCGUCCUGAGUGAUGAUGCCCAUAAGCUCAAGGAUAAGCUGCAGAAGCUGCAGGAUGAGCGGAUGAAGGCCAUUCUGGCCAAGGAGAAGGAGGCUGUCGGGGCUAUCAUGGCGCGGGCGAGCUGA